AUGGCUGAAGCAUCACUAUCACCAAGUGAUAAACAUGCAUUGAUUACACGUAACCUUCAAGAGGUUCUUGGCGAUGAUCGUUUACGAAAGAUUUUGGAAGAACGAGAUCUUCGUCUCUAUUGGGGGACGGCCACAACAGGUCGACCACAUAUUGGUUACUUUGUACCAAUGACUAAAGUAGCUGAUUUUCUACAUGCUGGUUGUGAGGUGACAAUACUUUUUGCUGAUCUUCAUGCUUUCUUGGAUAAUAUGAAAGCUCCGUGGGAAUUAUUGAAGCAUCGCACUGUUUACUAUGAGCACAUAAUUAAAGCAAUGCUGAAAUCUAUUGGUGUACCACUUGAGAAAUUGAAAUUUGUUCGGGGAACUGAUUAUCAAUUAUCUCGUGAAUAUACACUCGAUGUUUACCGUUUAUCAUCUGUUGUUACCGAACAUGAUGCUAAAAAGGCUGGCGCAGAAGUUGUUAAACAGGUUGCUUCUGCUUUACUCAGUGGUUUACUCUAUCCUGGUCUUCAAGCUCUAGAUGAAGAAUACUUAAAAGUUGAUGCUCAAUUUGGUGGAGUUGAUCAGAGAAAAAUUUUUACAUUUGCUGAAGAGAAUUUACCAAGUCUAGGCUAUGCAAAACGAAUUCAUCUAAUGAAUCCUAUGGUACCUGGUUUGGCUGGUGAUAAAAUGAGCUCAAGUGUUGAAGACAGUAAAAUCGAUUUACUUGAUACAGCUGAUCAAAUAAAAAAGAAACUGAAGAAAGCUUUUUGUGAACCAGGAAAUAUUGAAACUAAUGGUGUACUUGCAUUUUGUAAAAGUGUUAUUUUCCCAUUGCUCAAGGAUGAAAAACUAGUACUUCCACGAUCCGAACAAUAUGGCGGACCAAUGUUGUUUAGUAAUUACGAAGAAUUAGAAGAAGCUUUUGCUAAACAAGAAGUGCACCCAGGUGAUCUUAAGAACGGCGUUGCAGCAUAUCUUGAUCGACUACUUCAGCCUAUUCGACAAGAAUUCGAAUCUGAAGAGAUGAAAACAAUUGUUUUGAAUGCUUAUCCACCACCAGUAACCGUGCAACAGAAAAAGAAAAAAGAAAAGGGAUCUGGACAAAAAGGACAACGACCACCAGCGACAACAACAACAGCAGCAGCAGUAUCUGAGUUAGCACAAAAUGUUGAAGAGAAUGUUGUCAUUGAAAAUGGCGCAAGUGCAACACCCAAAGGUGCCGAUGGAAUAUCGGAGUCGACAAUAAAUCAAAAUGACGAAUCUUAA